AUGAGUUCUUCGAUUGAUAUUCAAACUACACGUUCCAUUAAUCUUCAAAGAAUCAUCGAUAACAUCAAUCAAGAUAUUAAGAAACGUCAUGGUAAUAGCUUAAAUGAAUAUGAACGAAAAUUAGAAGUGUCUAGGUUAGUAAUUGGUGUAAAUGCAAAAUUAAACGAUUUAACUCCAUUAGUCAAUGAGACUCCAAUUGCUGAUGACGUAUUUAAUGGAAUUGUGGCCGCCUUGAAUCAUUAUGAAAGUGAAGAACAAGUCACAGAAGAAGAAUUAACAAAAGCAGAAAGUAGGAGAAGACAAGCAUUAGGGGAACAAGGUAAAUAUGAAGUUAAGAAUGAAAAUAGAUCUCCCGAGGAAGUAUCAAAUGAUAUUUUUGACAACAUUGACUUAUUUUUACAAGAAUAUAAUGAAAUUCCGAGAGAAGAAAAAGUCUACUUCAUUUGUAUAUACAGAAAUUAUCAUACUGAAAAGCUGUUAAAUAAAUUUGGCCCUCCCGUUACAAAGAAAAUGAUUAAUUUAAAUAAUUCAAUCAAACAACUAGAAGAUUCUAAUCAUUUAUAUCAAAUUUAUUUAAAUUCAGCAUACAGUGAUGUCAGAAGAGUAAUUAACUACAUGAUUGUGUUGAAGGUAAUCAGAGCUUUAUCCUGA